AUGCGACCAUCUCAAUCAACAAAUUAUAAUACAAAUCAAACGCAACAAUCAACGUUUGAUCGAAUACCGCCUGGUUUUCCAGCUAUACCUUCGUCAACACGACAACAAUCGCCAAGGUUAACACUACAAAAUGAAGCUUCUAAUAAUCCAAAUAAUACUGUUCAACAAUCACUAAAUCGUUUAUUACAAAAACCGAUUGUUCAACAAUCUCCUAUUGUACCAACAACGACUGAUUCAUCAUCAUUGUCAUCCGAAAUUCAAACUCUUAUACCUCAGGAUGGACAUUAUAUAAUAACUCAUGUUUAUAGUGCUAUUGAAUUUUAUGGUCAUUCUCAAGGUCGUGAAAAAGAAUUAGAUGCAUUCUGUAAACAUCUUGAAGAUGUUUAUAAUAAUAAUACGAAUGAUCAAUCAUUAAGUGUACAUUUUUUAAUGGAUGGUAUACCAUGUGUUAUUCAACAAGGUGUUAAAUAUCAUCGUGUUGUAAUUAAACAUCGUGAAAGUGAAUCACGAGUAUUAGUUAAACUUAUUGAUCGUGGUGAUGAAAUUAUUGUUGAUACAUCAGAAUUAUUGAAACUUGAAAAAAAAUAUUAUACAAUACCAGCAUUUGCACAACCAUUUCGUUUAUAUAAUUAUGAUGAAUCACAUAGUACAGCUAAUAUAACACGUAAAUUAAAAAGAUUAAUUCUUAAUCAACGUGUUCAUAUAACACAACAUUUACCAAUGAUAAAUGGAUUUUAUCCAGUUGAAGUUAAAUUAUCUGAUGAACAAUUAGUUAAUCAAAUUCUUCUUUCUAAUGAUAAUAAUCCAAUAAUUUCACCACCGAUGAGAUCAUCAGAAUUACAACCGUUAAAAAUUCAACAAGACUUGAAUGCACAACGAAUCAAUGAUGAUUUACCAGCACCACAAAAAUUAUUAACAGCAUCUGGACGUACACAACCAGGUCGUUUUACGGCAAAGUCUCCUGUUGCAAAUGAACCAACAUCACGUUUUACACGAUCAGAACAACAAGAUGAAUCACGAUUAUUUGGACAACAAACACAGACAUUUACAUCGAAAACAGCAAAUGGAUUUCAACAAUCAACAAAUGAACAAAAUCGUUCAACUAGUCGUGGAUUUUCUAGUGAUGAACAACAAACGAAUAAUCAACGAAAUGGAUUUGGAAAUAAUCGUGGAGGUGGUUUUGCUGAUCGAGGAGGUCGUAAUGGUUUUGCGGAUCGAAAUUUUGAGAAUAAGAAUGAAAAUGGUAUGCAACGAACUGGCGGAUUUAAUAACCGUGCUGGUGGUUUUGGUGAUCGAGGUUCUCGCAAUGAAGGUUUUCAAGAUCAUUAUAAUGAAAAUCGAAAUAAUCAAGAUGAAGAUAAUAAUGAAAAUAAUAAUACACAACGAUUUGCUAAUCGUCGUGGAUUUAGUGAAGAUCGAGGAAAUCGAAGUGGUGGAUUUAGUGGAGAACGAGGAAAUCGAGGUGGUGGAUUCGGUGGAGAACGAGGCAAUCGAAGUGGUGGAUUUCAAACUUAUCAUGACAAAGAUAAUAGUGGAGAUAAUGAACGAAGAGGUGGUCGUGGUGGUCAAAGAGGAGGUCGAGGUGGUUUUAAUGAUCGUGGCGGUCGAGGUGGUUUUGGAGAUCGUAAUGAUCGAGGUGGAUUUGGAGAUCGUGGUGGUCGAGGUGGUUUUGGAGAUCGUAGUGGUCGUGGUGGUUUUGGAGACCGUGGUGGUCGAGGUGGAGGUCGUGGUGGACGUACCGGUGGUUUUGAAGAUCGUAGUGAUAAUGAUUUUCGAUCCAAUUCAGAUAAUAAUGAUUCAAUGAAAACGUUUAGUGGUUGGCCAAAUGUUAAAACUCCAGUAAAAACUUUCGAAGCCGGUGAUCAUUUUAUUGAAAAUGAAAUUCCUCAAGAAACAUUUCAAUUUGUUAUUAGUCAUAUUGAAACAUCGAAUGAUUUUUUUAUUCAAUUAUAUUCAAAAGCAGAUGAAUUAUCAACACUUACUGAUACAUUACAAAAUGAAUAUACAAAUGCACCUGAAUUAAAUUUAAAUUCAAUUGAAAUUAAUCAAGUUUGUUUAGCUAAAAGUUCUGAUCAAUGUUGGUAUCGUGCUAUUAUUCUUUCAAAUAAUAUAACUAAAAUAAAUGUUCGUUUUAUUGAUUUUGGUGAUACAAUUGAUAUUGAUAAAAAAUCUAUACGACAAUUAGAAAAAAAAUUUUCUUUAACACCUCCUUAUGCUUAUCGAUGUAUGUUAGAAAAUAUUGAAGUUAAUGAAAAUUUUGAUAGAAAUAAAAUAAUUGAAAAAUGUGCUGAACAAAUAUUUAAUGGUAAAAUUGAAAAAAAAUUAUCCAAUAAUAAAUAUCUUCUACAAUCAGAUAAUUUUCAAAAAUUAAUGAUUGAUAUUAAUGCAAUUAAAUUAAAAUCUAAAACAAAUAUUAAAUGUCAUAUUAUUUAUAUUAAUCUUGAUAAAUAUGAAUUUUAUAUACAAGAUGAUAAUGAAACAAUGACAAAAAUUAAUAAUAAAAUAACAACAACAACAACAGAUGAAAUUUCAUUAGAUAAUAUUCAAAUUAAUUCAAUGGUUAUUUCAUUAUAUGAUAAUAAACCUUGUCGAGCUAUAAUUCAAGCUGAUUUAAAUGAAAAUGUUCGUCUUUAUUUUGUUGAUUAUGGUUAUACAAAUAUUUGUUCAAAAACAUCAUUAAAACAAUGUAAUGAACAAUUAAAAACAUAUUCAUAUCAAGCUAAACGAUGUCAAUUAUAUGAUAUUUCAUCAAAUAUGUUAGAUGAAGCAUUUAAAAAACUAAAUGAAUAUAUUAAAAUAGAUAACAUAGAAAUUUCUAUUGUUAAUCAAGAUGAUGAUCUAUAUCAUGUUAUUAUUUAUAUUGAUAAUGAAUGUUUUAAUGAAAAAUUUUCAAAACAAUCAAAUAUAAUUGAUCAACAUGAAACAACUAGUGAUAUUAAUGAUCAAUCAAGUACAACAACAGCAACAACUGUUAAAGAACAAGAAAGACCAAUGAGUAUAACAGGAAAAAGAAAUAGUGAAGAAAUAUCAUCACCAAGUGGAAAUUCAUUAAAUGCAUCAAUGAAUAUUAAAAGACAAAAGAGUGAAUCAGAUACAGAAGUAAAUUUAGUAAAAUAUUAUCAAGGUAUUCUUACAUAUCUCGAUGAAAAUAAACCAUUAGUUCAUAUUCAAUUAUUACCCGAAUCUGAAACAAUGUUAGAACAAAUAAAUGAAUUAAUCGAUGGUAUUAUUCAAGAGAAUAAACAAAAUUCUUCAUAUGAAAUAGGUGAUUAUGUUAUUGCUCAAUUUACUGAUGAUAUGAAUUAUUAUCGUGCUCGUAUUGAAUCUUAUUCAGAUUUAACACAAAAUUAUACAGUCUAUUUUCUUGAUUAUGGAAAUCUUGAUAAAAAUGUUCCAAAAAAUCAUUUAUAUUCAUAUUCAAAUGAAUUAAAACAAAUUGAAGGUCAAGCUCAUGGAUAUUUAUUAGAACGUCUUACAAAUCAAAUAUGGAUUAAUAAAGUUCGAAAAUUAAUUGAAAAUAAAUUAAAUGAUGAUAUUGAAUUUUAUUUUAUUGAUGAAAUCAAAUCAAUAAUACAUAUUAAUUUUGAUAAUGAAAAUCAAAUAUAUAAUAAUCAUGAAAAUAAUCAACCAAAAACAUUUACAGCAAAUAUAUCAGGUAUAAAUAAUGAUUAUUUUUAUAUUCAUAUAUUACCUGCAACGGAUACACUUAUAUGUGAAAUGGAUGAAUUAUUACAAACACAUAUUAAAGAACAUAAUACAUUAAAAUCAUGGUCAAUUAAUGAUUUAUGUAUUGUUUAUAAUAAUGAAUUAAAUCAAUAUUUUCGUGGAAAAAUUCUUUCAAUUAAUAAUGAUAAAUAUGAUAUUCAAUGUAUUGAUUAUGGUAAUAUAAUAACUAAUAUAACAGAUGAUAAUCUUUAUUUAUUAACAAAUAAUGAUUUAUUAAAACAAUUACCAUUAGCACGACAAUGUCGUUUAUAUGGUGUUAAUAAUAAAAAUCAAAUAAAAGCAAUUGAAGAAGUUAUUAAAAAUAUACAUCCAACAGAAUGUGUUACAAUAACUGUUGAUAAUGAUCAAAAUAAUCAAUGUAUGGAUGUUAUGUUAUUUAGAGAAAAUCAUGAAAUUGUUAAUGAUCGAUAUCAACUUGAUGAUGAUGAUGAUGAUGAUAAUAAAGAAGAUACAGAUGCUGAUAGACAAAAUGCUAUGUUAACAAAUUCAUCAGAUUCAGCUAUAGCAGCUGACAAUGAUACAUCAAAUGUUGAUGUUAUAAUGGCAAAAAAUGAUCAACAAUUAACAUCUCCAAUUGGUGUACCGCAAGCUGAAAGUACACAUCAAUAUAGUGAUUCAACAAAUGUUACCAUAAGUAAUUCUUCACCAUCAAUGACAAUAAAUCAAUCAAUUGAUUUUUUUGAAAAUGAUCCAUCAACAUCAAAUACAACAAUAAAAGAUGAUACUGAAAAUGAAAAUAUAUUAAAUUAA